AUUCAUUAGACGUUCAGAAGAGUUAAGAGUGUUCAUUUGCUACGUUAAUCAGAGAGAAUUUCCAGGGAAUUAUUACAGCAUCAGAAAUAACCAGAGAUAGAGAUGGCACAGAUAGACAUUCCAGAGGAAGAGAUUGGCGUUGCAUUGUCUGGUGGUGGAAUUCGCUCUGCUGCAUUGAGCUCAGGUGUGUUGCGAAGGCUUCUACAUCGUGAAGUUAAAUUUGGUUACGUGAGCUGCGUCUCCGGAGGAAAUUACACAGCCGCUGCCUACUUGGACUGGAAAUACAGACACGAAAAAACGGACGAUCCGGAUUGGCAUAAAAAAUUUUUUGAGCACAUGCGAAGCAGAGCUGGUUACUUAUGCAACUGGAAAAAUCCAUUACAAGGCAUUUUAGAGAGCAUCAUACUGGUUUUUCUGGUGAUCACAGUCAAUCUCCUCAUACCCUGCAUCAUCUAUAGCGCUGGCGCUAUUCCAUCUGCCUACGUCAUCGAUUACGUGCUUGGCGCGGUCAUGCGCAAAGGUUUCAAUUGCAGUGAUGUCCCUCAAACUUCAAAAGGACUGAACACUUCAGAGAGACAUUGCACUCAACAAUUCGAGAUCGGUCAUCCAGAGGUGCGCGAGCAGUUUUACUUGUUCUCUUGCCUAUUCCUCGCAUUCUUCGUGUCCUACUUCAUCAAGACCAUCGUUCCCACGAGACGUCGCUCGAUUGCCCGUUACUUCAAGAUUUUAUCCGGGUUACUGCUUGCUUUGACUUUCUUCCCCUGGUUAAUACAACAGUCUACUGGGGUGUUACCCAGCUGGUUGAACGCGCUGAUAAUCUUCCUUAGCAUCUUCUUUUGGCUGGGAUUUCCACCAUUAAGAGGCGAAGUAUCCCUAGUACUUAUGGUGUACUUUUAUGCAUUCGUUGUGAAGUGGCGAGUGUAUGAGACAAGUGUUCUGGGUAUCGUGUAUGAGGAGCAACUUUUUUACACUCUCCUCUUUUUUUCUGGAUUUUUCCUAUGGUUAACUCCUUUCGUUGGAAUGUUCAGCACUACGGCAGUUUUUGUAUACUACAGGUGGAGGCUACAGCGAGCAUUUUUUACGGAGACAAGUGUUGGUCCACUUGGUUGUAAAGGAAUCGGUUGCCGAGACUUCUUCCCAAUACUGUCGUGUACUCGUCCGGAACGCAACCCAGAAAGAGUAACUCUGAUGAUGGAUGACCUGAAAGAGGUCAAACCGGAGUACAUCAGUUGUGUGGCAGUAGACUACUGGCGAAAAGAAUGGAAAGAAUUGCCCUACGCCGUAAUGGCUCUGUCGCCGAAUAAAAUUGAGCGAAUCGACGAUCAGCCCGGCAAUCCAGGGGUGUCGGAGGUAUUAAAACCAGAAAACGUCAGCGUGGCGGAUGCCAUGGUUACUUCUGCCGCUGUUAUGACACUAAGUCCGGAGCAGGAGGAGCCGUACAGAGAUUUACAAGUGCAACUGGGCCUAACCCUCCGGAAGGGUUUCAGCGCGGAGGAAGGAGGAAUAGCUUCAAAGAUUUUAACGAUUUUAAUCCAGAGCAUCGUAGCCCUCCCGGCGAUAUUGCUUGCCGUUAUCUGGUUUGCUAACUGGGAAAUUAAUGCCGAGGGUGUGGUCAUCGUUUUGUUCGUGGUCAUCGCUUUGUUCGUGAUAUUUUUUGGCAUUGCCAUGAUUCCAACCGGCGUAAAUACACCAAACGUCCUUAACCAAUUCGCAAGAUGGUGUCACGUGCAUCUAUAUCACGUUCGAAUGUUGCGCGAGUUCUUUCAAGUCGACAACGUCGGCCCCAGUCCCCCAGCGCUUCUGUCUCUUAGUGAUGGAGGUCGCUUGGAGAAAUUUGGUUUGCUACCACUACUGAAGAAACAACUUAAGAAAAUUUUAAUCGUGGAUGGAAGUUUCAUAAGGAGCGACGAAGAUUACGCCAAACAGAUCCUGAGAUCGCUGGAUCAAGCCAGAAAGGAAUUACAUUGUGAAUUUGUGGGAUGUACUGGCCGUGAUGUGAAGGAGGAGAUGCAGAAAGAGUACGUGGACGUACCUCGAGAUCCCCCGCCGAGAUAUUAUAAAUUCAAGGUUCAGUAUUACGACAAACAACCCGAUAAAAGCUAUGAGAGAGUGAAAGAAGGAGAAAUAAUGAUCAUUGCACCUCGUUACCCCAUUGGAGAGGAGCGUUCUCCAGAUUUGGAGAAUAAUUGCGCAAAUGAAGCUGACCGCUCGACCUUCUACUGUUGUCAUUCAAUCUCCAAAGUCCUUCAGUGGAUAUCUAAAAAGCUUUGUUUGGGAUACCCACACACGUCAACUGUCGAUCAAUCUACUCCAGAUUUGGAGAAUAAUUGGGGUCAGUACUACGAUGAUACGGGAGUGACACUUAACAAAAAAGAGUGGGGUAAAGGGCCUAUUCUCAGCACAAAUGAAGUUGACCGCUUGACCUUCUGCUGUUGUGAAUGUUGUCAUUCAAACUCCAAAGUCCUUCAGUGGAUAUCUAAAAAGCUUUGUUUGGGAUUCCCUAGUACGUCAACUGUCAAUCAAUUCUUUACGUCUUCACUCUAUACAGCUUAUCACCGCGAGGGAUAUCGCGCAUGCGUAGAAUCUGAUGCCGAGAUAUUUCUCACGAAGGGUGAAGCCGAAGGCCCGAGCACUAGUUGCCCUUCGGGAACUGAGUCCGCACUCCCGCACCAAACAGAAGGUCGGACACUUGAGAGCAACCGUGUCGUCACGGGAAGAUCAGAGACCGCAACCGAGAUAACAGCUGAAAGCGAGAAUUUGCCUAAUCAAGUUAUGUCCUCUGCAGAUGGUGUAUAAUGAGGAAGAACGUAUCAUCCAGCAAUUUAAAUUGUAAAAUGUACUGAACUGCGGUCUUACCGUGUGUCCUCUUUAUUUCUGACUGUUUAACGACAGAAGUGGCGGUGACCAGGAGCUCAUUAGUUAUAGGCUCCUGCGGUUACUUAAGAGUGCCUCAUACCCAGAGCUCUUUCUGCCUGAAAACCAGUAGCCCACUUGGUCACUUGCGCUUCGCGCACGUCACCAGUCGCUUUUGCUUUGAGCUUAUUGCUCGCCAUACUCGCGAAAGCCUGAGUAAUGGGUACAUUGGUCUCACCAGGCUUUUGUAGGGAAAUUACCGUCAUAGGAAAUAUGAUACAAAAUAAUUUGUUAUUAUUGUAUUUUUUAGACAAGAGUACCUUUUAAAGAUCAUGAAAUUUUGGUUUGGAAGAGAAGUUUGCUAGCUGAUUGUUGUAUCAUAUACAAGCGUUUCUAAGCUCAACUAUCUAGUUAUCUCAAAAGUCUACUAAAGUUUACCAGCGAGACUCACUCAUGGCAGACUUGGGACGCUAACGUCAAUGUAGAGUGUUCACACGUAAAACGUAAACGGAACAAGGCGGAAGAACUUUCACUCUGACCGUUUGUCAGGCGUAGAAUAAAUUACCUUUCCCAUACGAAAAACAAGUGCACUUAAUGCUUGAAAACUCUCUUUAAAAAAAGGAUUUCCAAGAUCAGCAGCUUUCUCAAAAUUAUUCCUCUUUAUUAAUUAAUUUCUGCAUAUUUACAAUGAUUUCAUGGUUUGUAAGAGAUUUUCAGUUUUUUUUUAAAGUACUAAGCGAUGCAAAAGUUGUUGUAAUGCAACCAUGAUAGCUAUUUUGUAUUUUCUAAAAUGUCUUAUAUAUAAACGUUACGUGAAGAUAAAUAAGCCCAUCAGCAGAGUUAGUUGUUGUCGGCAAAGACCGGCCGUUUAGAGAAGCUUUAUAGAGAUAUUGGGGUAAUUUUAUUUUUCUGUCGUUUCAGAAUUGAUAUAGUCAGGAGCCCAUGGGCUCCUGUACCGUAACAUGAGUACAAUUUUUAGUGAAAGUUACCAUGCAGCUGUAUUAAUAUAUUAUUUUAAGAACAUUUAAUUCAAUAAA